GCGGCGGGGCAGUGCGGAGCGACGGCGGCGGCGGGGGAUGCGGAGCAGCCGGGGCCCGGGCAGAUGAUGGCGAUACGCGAGCUGAAAGUGUGUCUGCUUGGAGAUACAGGGGUUGGGAAAUCGAGCAUUGUUUGUCGAUUUGUUCAAGACCACUUUGAUCACAAUAUUAGUCCUACUAUUGGAGCAUCCUUCAUGACUAAAACUGUGCCUUGUGGGAAUGAGCUUCAUAAAUUUCUGAUCUGGGACACAGCUGGUCAGGAACGGUUUCAUUCCUUGGCUCCAAUGUACUACCGAGGUUCAGCAGCAGCUGUAAUAGUUUAUGAUAUCACCAAACAGGAUUCAUUUCAUACUUUGAAGAAAUGGGUGAAAGAACUAAAGGAGCAUGGUCCUGAAAACAUUGUAAUGGCCAUCGCUGGAAACAAAUGUGAUCUUUCUGAUAUCAGGGAGGUUCCUAUGAAGGAUGCCAAAGAAUAUGCGGAAUCUAUAGGUGCAAUUGUCGUUGAAACCAGUGCAAAGAAUGCUGUUAACAUUGAAGAACUUUUUCAAGGAAUAAGAGUUCCAGUUUUGGUCUCUGAUUGCUUGUGGGAAGGACCUUGCAGGCUGGAGGAGACCUCUGGAGACCAUCAGUUCAACUUCCUGCUCAAAGCAGACUCAGUAAAGAAUUCAGACCAGGUCAGCAAAUUCCACCCUUAGAUCCUCAUGAAAACGGUAACAAUGGAGCAAUCAAACUCGGAAAGCAGACUUCACAGACGGGCAGGCGAUGCUGCUGACCCAACUUGAUCUUUUUAGAUUUACUUGAAAAACAGCACCAUUUGCUUUUUCCACUGAGAGGGGACUUCCUGAUCUCAGUGAUGUGGCUCCUUAUCUUGAAAGCAGAGAUUUCAGUGCUUCCCAUGAGCAAUAACGCAAGGACCAGCAGCAGAAAGCUUUACUGCAAAGGGAUUUUGCAAAAUCUAGUUGCAAAAUCGUCUCUGAUAUCCUCUCAAAAUUGAAAUUGUCAAAGUACUUUGAUUCUCUGUCUAAACCAAUGGCUGGGGUUUUUGUAAUAAAAAGAUCCCUUUCUAUAUAAAGAUCCUUUUUCUAUAUAAAACUUAGAUUUGCUAUGAAAACUUCUUACGUUGCAAAGUGGACUUGGCAUGUUUUGAGAGUUUUUCUCUGUAAUAAUAUGGUGGAAAAAAACCCAUAAACCCUGAAUUUUGACUUACAGUUUCUCUGCCAUCCUUCUAGCUGGACUCUGCUUCACUGUUUUUUUUAAAUCUGUAGCUUCAUCUCGUACUUACUGUAACCAUCAGCAAGAAAUGGACUGAAUUUGCUGACUAGCAAAAAAAAGAAUCCAAAGGAUGAGUGAGCAUAAUUGUUACAGGCUAGUAGAAGUCAAAAUCUGUGUCAGGAAGGUGCUGCGUAUGUGAAAGAAGGAGUUGUUGUGAGGGAGACUGCUGGACCCAGUCUGCUGCAGAAAGAAGUGAAGAUGCCGACACCGUGCUUUGCCUGAAUUGAUCCCCUUUCCAGGGAGUAGGUUUCAUUAUGUACUGAAAGUGUAAAAAAAAGAACAUAAACACCAGCUUAAUUGCCACAGUUCACCAAGUUUCCUCCAACUCCGUGCCCCAGACUAAAGUUGUAUCUGCUCAAAGAUGCCACUUCUUCGGUUUCUGAAGGAGAACACCACAGUGCCCCAUUCCUUAUGGCAUUCCUUGCUGUGCUCCAAGAAGUCUUCUAGCUGGAAGAAUGAGAUUGCUGUACCAGAACCGCUUAAGAGAGCACAAUAUAAUUUGAGUUUAGAGUCUGAAUUCUAAUAAACCAAACCAGAAUGUCUCUUUACAAA